UAUCUCAUUUCAUUUAUCUGUGUAGCUACCCAUAUCAAUAGCAAUAGCAAUGUUACGCGGAAUCUGAGUCCUGCCCCAACUCAUUCCCAGUAACUGCUAACACUGACACCGUCAGCUACCCCUCUUUCCUUGUUCCUUUGCAUUUUUCAUUUUGCAAUGCCAAUCCCACUCAUUUAUUUAUAACAACACCAACUCCACCUCUCAAGUCUCAAGCUCAACACCACCCAAUGGGUCAGACCCUCAGUUGCACACCCAACCACCACCACGCCCUCUUCUCCGCUGUCCACGACGGCGACCUCCGCCUCCUCAUCGCUCUCCUGGAGGCCCACCCCUCUCUCCUGCACCAAACCACUCUCUACGACCGCCACUCCGCUCUCCAUAUUGCCGCCGCCAAUUCCCAGAUCGAGAUUCUCUCCACGCUUUUAGAUGGAUCUGUUAACCCAGAUGUUUUAAAUCGCCACAAACAAACUCCGCUUAUGUUGGCGGCAAUGCACGGGAACAUCGCGUGUGUGGAGAAGCUUCUCGAAGCUGGGGCUAAUGUGUUAAUGUUUGAUAGCAUUUACGGGAGAACGUGUUUACACUAUGCCGCUUACCACGGUCAUUCUUCUUGCCUUAAGGCUAUUCUUUCCGCUGCUCAAUCUAGUCCAGUGGCUGCUUCUUGGGGGUUUGCUCGGUUUGUGAAUAUUAGAGAUGGAAAGGGUACAACGCCAUUGCACCUGGCGGCGCGUCAGAGACGGUCUGAAUGUGUACAUAUUCUGUUAGAUAGUGGAGCUCUUGUUUCUGCUUCAACUGGUGGAUAUGGUUGUCCUGGGAGCACUCCUCUUCAUCUAGCAGCUAGAGGGGGAUCUCUGGAUUGCAUUCGUGAAUUGUUGGCUUGGGGUGCAGAUCGUCUUCAUCGUGAUGCAUCUGGGCGGAUACCAUAUAUGGUUGCUCUGAAACACAAACAUGGAGCCUGUGCAUCAUUGCUAAAUCCUACAUCUGCAGAGCCUCUUGUCUGGCCGUCUCCAUUGAAGUUCAUCAGUGAGCUUAAUCCUGAAGCCAAGGCUUUAUUAGAACAGGCCCUGAUGGAUGCAAACAGAGAAAGGGAGAAAAACAUAUUGAAAGGGAGUGCUUACUCUCUUCCAUCUCCUUCACAUUCGGAUGGGGUACCUGAUGAUAAUAUGUCUGAGGUUAGCGAGUCUGAAUUAUGCUGCAUCUGCUUUGAGCAAGUAUGCACAAUUGAAGUUCAGAACUGUGGCCACCAGAUGUGUGCACAAUGCACACUAGCCCUGUGUUGCCACAACAAGCCCAACCCCGCCACGGCCUGUCUCACUCCUCCGGUUUGUCCAUUUUGUCGAAGCACCAUAACAAGACUCGUGGUUGUGAAGACAGAAUGCCAUGACGAAACUGAUCAAGAUAGUGUUGAUAUCAACUGUUCCAAGCUGAGCAAGUCAAGGAAACUCAGAAACUUGAACGACACCGGUAGCAGCAGCUUCAAGGGAUUGUCCGGUGUUAGUUCAUUCGGGAAAUUGGGUAGCCGCAGCUCUGGAAGAAUUGCUGCUGAGUGGCUUGAUAAACAGUGAUUAUUGAUGGCAUUGGCAAUUGCUUGUGGUAACCAAUGAUUCCAUAGUGGCAAGAUACGGUAACUACAUAGGUGCUUAACCGGCAAGGCAAAAACCAAAGUUAAAAAGUGAAGGAAUAUUAUGUAAUUUUGGGAAAUAAGCAAAGUGAAUUGAAGUGAAGUGAAGUUCGUGGUAGGUACCAAAAAGAGGAGGGGAUGUCAUGUAAUGUAAUAUUGUUGUAGUAUUAUUAUUACUUGAGAAUGAAGAAGCAUCACCUGCUGCGUCGAUGAUUUUGGGCAUCGUCAAUAAUUUAAUUUAAUUUUAUUACACGUAAUCCAGUAAAGUGGGAAUAAUUUCCCUCGAAAGUAUAAGUCAAUGUUAUGGGAAAAUGUAUUGCUUAUUUGCAUCUGGUUUAUUUCUUUGUACCCAUAUGAUAUAAGCAAUAAGAUACAAAAGAGAAAGACAAAGCCUUGUGUUGCU